AUCAGCACAUCACACCUUUCCUCUCUCAAACACACACACACUUUUAUAAGCUUUACCUACAUAACCACUCUCUCAGACGCACCAUAAAAUGCUAUUGAUAUGGCUUUCACAUAAAAAAAAAACACACAUUUAUAACUAAACUAUUUAUGUAUAUUUACAAGCCUUUUACAGGAGACACAGUGGGACAGCAAAGGAAGUGUGGCAGAGGAACCAUCACAAGGACCGAGAAGAGUGCUAGGAUCACAGUCAUAGGAGCCACUCUGUCCUAGGAAAGUUCGUUGGUAUAACAGUCUGCAGUGAUCGUGUUACAGUCGCAACGAGAACGAUCAAUGGACAACGAGAUGACUAUAUUUGCAAACACAAAAGCAGUGAUCACACUACUCCUGGGAUUGUUUGUAUGACCAUCAAAUUAGUGGUGACAGACGGUCAACACAGUGAUUGCACACUUGAUCACAGCAGUGCCCCUACUCUUCUCCAUACAGAGGGGCUAUGAGACUGAGAAGGAGCUUCGUUGACAGCCAGUUAAUACUUGUCCUCAACAUCGUCACAAACUAUGCCUGGCUGCUGCCAUCACCGUGGGGAAUUUCCAUGGAGUCUGUAAAUAUGAGGCACUUGCUCAAGUGGCGCCGUCAACAGUCUCCUUGCAGUUCUGUCAUCUACUCUGUGCAGUUCCAGGGGGAAUUUGAGCUGAGGAUCUUGAAUGGAAGUUGGGAGGACGCGGUUGGUUGCCAGCGGGUCACACGGACGGAGUGCGACCUGACCUUUGACCUUGGUUCUGACUCAGACUACAACAUCCGUGUGCGGGCAGAGUGCGGAAGGCGUGUGUCACCGUGGGCUGAGCUCGGGAGGCCAUUCAACAGGAGAGAGACAAUCCUGACGGUGCCAGCUAUAACUGUGACCACCAUGGGUGAUACCCUUCAGGUGACUUUCAUAGGCCUUCCCCUGACCGUGGGAGUGACUGUGACUAUCUGGAAGAGAGGCGAGUUGGUCAGGGGCAAGUCCUCCUUGCGUGUGAUCACAGUGCAACAGAAUCCGCUCCACAUCGGCGCCCUGCAGGAGGGAGCAGUGUACUGCGUCAAAGCCCAGGCCCAUCUGGACACCCACAGCAAAAGCAGCAGCACUGACACACAGUGUGUCUCCAUCACAGGUCCUGGACCUACCUGGCUUAAGCCCACAACAGUGACUGUUAUCGUGGUGAUCUUAGCCGGCCUGGUGUUUUGUCUCUCUUGGUCAGUAACCCACUGUAGGCCAGAGGCCUGCUUCGCCUAUUUCCGCAAGGAGCCACAGCCCACUGCACUGCUCCUUGAUUGGCCGCUCACAAGAGUCAAGAUCUAUCACCAAGAUGAGCUUCGUGAGCCAAUCCAUGCCGUCCUUUUAAGUGAACUGAGAACUGAGCCAUCCAGUCAAUUGGAUAAGUGGACACAAUCUAUAUGUUCAGAAGGCACAGACAGACCAUAUCAAGUUUGAUUGAUACUGUAGGUUAAUAAGAAUGGUCAGAAGUGACGAGUCUGGAUUGGAGAAGUCAGGAGGCCGGCAGUUGUUCGGAGGGAGACAGAAGGGUCCUGUGUGGCUCAGUUGGUUAGGGCAGUGAUGCUUGUAACUCCAGGGUUGUGGGUUUGAUUCCCACGGGGGACCAGUAUGAAAAGUGAAUGCACUCACCUCUGUAAGUCUGCUAAAUGACAAAUGUCAAUGUACAAUGUAGUAUUUGUGUUGUAGAUAAGUCAGAGAUGAAUAUGGGUGAGUCUCCAAAUGUAGUAUUUGUGUUGUAGAUAAGUCAGAGAUGAAUAUGGGUGAGUCUCCAAAUGUAGUAUUUGUGUUGUAGAUAAGUCAGAGAUGAAUAUGGGUGAGUCUCCAAAUGUAGUAUUUGUGUUCUAGAUAAGUCAGAGAUGAAUAUGGGUGAGUCUCCAAAUUUAGUAACUUUAUUUACAACAUGAUAUGUUCUAAUUCAAUCUAAGACAAUAACAAAGUAAUUGUUUAUAUACUAUUUCCAUUAACAGGUGGCUAUUCCAAACCAUGACUCCGAAAUAAAGCAAUGAAUGAUUUUAGUCAUUUUUAUUUCAGUAGA